UGCGUACGUUUCGUCCUUUGAAGACGACGUUUGGUAGCAUUUGGGGUUUCUUUCAAUUGGACUCCGCUUCCUUUGUCGAUUGGUGUUUCGAAUGGCAGCAACCUAACUACCUACCUAGUACCUAGCUGAUCGAUCCCCUCACGUGCUCAAUUUUCCUACACAACAGCCAUCAGACGUAAUCUCAACAACAAUAUCAACAAUAUACUUGCUAGACAUAGCUUCCAUUCUUGGUGACCUGCUCUGGUUCUGGAAUUUUGAAUAUCGCUAGGCGCAGCGUUCAUUGCAUGAUGAAUCGCCUGCCCGACAAGCUGCUCUUUUCCAAGCAGCGCCUGAGGCCGCGGGUUGUGCUUUCAUACAUCGCAGACUAUGUUAUUCUCGUUGUCUGCAUUGCAGGGUUCUAUGCUCUCGACUCCAUUGAACCUUACCACCAGCAUUUCUCGCUACGAAACAUUUCCAUCCAGUAUCCAUAUGCCAUUCACGAGCGUAUCACGAUACAGGAAGCUCUCUGUAUCUCCGGAGUGGCGCCUUUGGUCAUCAUCGCCGUCUAUACCCUUCUUAUAGAUGGACUCUUCUCCCACAACAAACCACAAGAUCCAGUAUCCGGCAAGCGGAAAUUCUCAGGCCCGUAUCGGUGGAAAGAUCGACUAUGGGAGUUUAACUGUGGGAUACUGGGGCUCCUGCUCUCUCAGGGGCUGACGUUCGUCAUCACGCAAGCAUUGAAGAACGCCUGUGGCAAGCCUCGGCCCGAUUUUAUCGAUCGGUGCCAGCCUCGCGCAGGAAGCCAGGAUGCAAUUCCAGGCUUGUCUAACUCUACCAUCUGCACGGGGGAACAUGCGCUUAUCAAAGACGGCUUCCGUUCAUGGCCAUCAGGUUCGGCCACAGUAGCUGUAAGAUUGUCUCUACGAUGCCAAAGAUUGAAACCAAUCCCUGACUUGACUUACAUUACAGCGUCAUUCGCUGGCUUGUUCUACCUGACGCUCUGGAUGAGUGGCAAACUGCAUAUAAUGGACAACAAAGGUGAGGUCUGGAAAGCACUCUUGGUCAUGAUACCGAGCCUGGGUGCUACCCUCGUUGCGGUGAGUCGGAUUAUGGAUGCGAGACAUCACCCCUUCGACGUCAUUACUGGAUCGCUUCUUGGGAUUCUCUGCGCCAUUAUCUCCUAUCAUCAGUAUUUCCCUCCUCUUUCGCAGCCCUGGAAAAAAGGUCGCGCGCAUCCGAUCCGCAGCUGGGGUACAGAGCCGCUGCCCCCAUCGAAUCCAUUGAAUAUGGUGAGAUUCGAGGAUAGUACUGCCGCGCUCCGUCAUCCGGCAGCAGACAGUCAGUCGAAGCCGAUGGUUGGUGCAGACAAUGGCGCGGCUUACAUCCCCACAUCCAAUCCCUACGCUACGAAUAUGUACACUCGUCGAUCGCAGGACGAGGACGGGAAUUGGUCCUCAUCCAGCGAGGACGUUCACGCAAAUGGCUAUGAGAUGCAGUCUGGGUAUACUCGAGCACGCAACCCGGGAUUGGGUGGAUCGAUUCCACAAUACGAGGUUGACACGACGUAUGACUCGCAACGGCCACAGGCGGCCACAGCUCUCCAUGCACCCACACGAGUGAUGACUGCUCAGCUUGAUCGUGGGCGGGAUCUGACCGAGCUGCAUUCGCGGGAAGUAUAAGACACGAGACGGGGCUACCCCCGGUCGCAUCGAUGCGAGGGGUAUUCAUUAUGUUGCCAUUUAUAGAACAUAUACCAGCACAUUUGCAUGUAACAUUUUCGGGCUCUUA